UGGCGAGGCUAAACGGGUCGUUUGCACUACAGGUCACACAGAGAGGUUUCCAUGGCAAUGAAACGUUAAGGGAUUAUCUUCAGAGGAGGUCACACUUCAGAGUGAUGGCCACGACGUUCACUCAGCGGCGAUAAACUUAACACAAGGAAGACUGAAAUUGACUGGUCGCAGCAAACAGGCGGAGGCGGAGCCCGGGAGUUAGUAAAAGUUACCUAACCGCGUCUACAACUGUUCGGUCCGGUUAUCAGCGGGUUUGUGAAGGCAACAUCAGACGCACGGUCCAGGCUGGUUUAAGUCCGCUAAGAAGCUACUAGUCCAAUUAACCGAGAGCAGGCGGAAAUCCACGCAUGAGGGCCGUUAAACUAACUUACUUCUCGUUGGCUCGGCGAUGGAUAUGCGCGCCACUCCGGCAUAUGAUGACGACCUGAUACCCGCCAUCAGUAGACAAGUUGAAGCAGAAACGACGCAAAAGCGUCAGUGAGAUGUUAUCGUACUUAGAGCGCUCAUAGUCGCGAUCUGGGCUCACACAAUAAGCCUUUCUAAGCUCCCGGGGAGUCGCUCUUACAGGCCUGGACGUGCGUCAGUUGGCGACGCUACGGAGUUUGCUCGAGCUGUUUGAGAAGGUGGAUCGUUAACAUGGAAACAUACACUGAUGUGCUGCUCGUCACCGCAAAUGUCGGGUCACUCUUUGAUAAUGUGGGUGAAAUUCAAAAUGAAUGGUUACAAGAAUUAUAUAAGACUAUCCACAGCUACAAGCCGAAGUUCAUUGCCCUGCACUUUCAGGAGGUGGGAGGGAAGGACUACAUGGUCAACAUGGACCACGCUGAAAACUUCUUUCGGAGGAUUGAGUCCAGUGAGGAUAUGAAAGACUUUGACAGGGUGUGCAUCUAUGUGGAUAACCAAUUCAAAACAGAAGACAGCUUCACGGCUUUGGGGAGCAUGUACUUCAUCCACAAGACAUUGAAAAACGUCUAUCAGUAUGAUUUUAAUGUUAAGGAUUUUAAAGCAGUGUCGGGGCAGAACAGGCACAUGGGCUCUCUGGAAGGGGUUUCCACAGUGGAGAAAGAAAAAUUCCCAAAGAAUUUCUGGCCAGAUUUCAAGUGGUCCAGAAAGGGCUUCAUGAGGACCCGCUGGAUCAUACACAACCAAGGUCUGGACCUGGUCAAUGUCCACCUGUUCCAUGAUGCCUCCAACCUCAUUGCCUGCAACUCCAGUCCUUCCAUUUACUCAGCAAACCGCAAAAAUGCUCUCAGAUAUGUAAUCAACAGGAUAUCAGACAGCCGCUUCACUCCUCUGCCUUUCUUCCUGUUUGGUGAUUUCAACUUCCGUCUGGACACACUUAGUCUGGUCCAGCAUCUGUCCACUUCGACGGAUGUGCAGACAGUGAAAAAAGACAGCAGCAACGAAGUGGAGAAAAUCAUCUGUGAAGAAAAGGAUAAUGACCACCAGGUGCUGCUCCACAUUGAGGAAAAGCUGUUUGCCUAUGUGCACCAGACGGUAUUCAGGGAGGACAACGGCAGGGCACUUUUAAAAUAUGACAAAGAAGCCGCAGUGUUUCAUGAUGUCAUUCGGGAAGAGGACAUCAGAUUUCCACCCAGCUACCCCUACAGUGAAGAGUACACUAAACCAACCCAGUACAUGAACACUCGCUGUCCUGCGUGGUGUGAUCGUAUCCUCAUGUCGCACACUGCUCACGAAUGCAUCCACAAGAGAGAUGACGGUGAGAAGAGCAUUGUUUACAACACAGUGGGUCCUAAUGUCUGUAUGGGAGACCAUAAGCCGGUUUUCUUGUUCUUCUCGCUGAGGACUAACGACCAUUGAUGCAGAUCCAUCUGAAUGGUCUAUAACCACACCGCCCUCAGAACAGGUAUACAACACAGUCUCAGUACCAGAGAGUCAUCAGCAUGAUGGCUACCUGCCACAACCUGCCCGUCGGACAUCCGUGGGUCUCAACACAGGUAGCCCCCGCCGUGAAAACCCCAUCCUCACAUCAUGGACCACAACUCGAGUGACACAAGCACAGAUUUACCAGCAGCUUUCAUGGAUUUCUGAAGCCGUAGUGCUGAUUCUCCACUUGCUCUCAGAUCAUAAGUCCUCCAUCCUGAAAGCUCGAUGUCACCGAGGAUCUUCCUACACGUCUUGCUUGCAGCCAAGGAGAUUUGUUUUAAUACGACCGAACGAUGAAGUGAAGACUACGGCGUGUGACUGUGGGUCUUCCCCUUUACGUGGAUGUGUACACGCAUAUGCAAAACAUUCUUACAUUUUAAUUACAGUGAUUUUAGUUGUUGAUUUUAUUUUUUAAAUCUGCCUUUUUUACAGGCAGUGUCAGACAGACAUCCAGCCAAGGCAUCACAAAUGUAGUCGUUCUUCAUCAGCCCUAAAUGAUUUAUUAAAUCGCUCCAGUCAGUCAGAGCAGCUUGUAGCUGCUGAACUGGAUAGUCCAGUAGGCAUAUAGCAGUGAACAGAUUUAACAGAUUUUAAAUAAGCAGCUGCAAUCAGCCAUUCGGAAUCCAGUAUUGUGAAACUCCAUGUGACAUUUUGACAACAUUAUGAAGAACGUUAGUGUUAUUAUGAGCUGCAGCUGCAUGUGUAGGCUUUUAUUUUGUACUUCAAGUAUAUACGUUUGCUGUGGUUUACUAUAAGCAAGUUCUACACAAAGGCAGGAAACACAGUUGAGGAAUGCUGCUACUUCAGAUUCCUGCCAACAUGUUCCUUUAGAUGUCCUCUGGAGAGGAAACAUUAUUGAUGAAGGAUUACUGACAUGUAAAUGUAUGCUGUACAUGUAGCUACUUCGUCACAGCAGCUUUAACUGUCUCACAUGUCUCUUGACUACAUAAACUAAAUUUCUGUCAGAAUUUAUUUUAAUAUGAUGUAGAGAUGGCACUAGACAGCGGACAAACGUCCAGUGACAUUUUGAAGCCGCAAAAAGGCAACUACUGCAGUUUUGUCUUUUUAUGAAUGGCGUGCAGCAGAUUGUUUCACUCUGAUGAAUUUAAAGUAGCAUUCUGUUAUUACCAACUGUACAUUCAUGCCAAGUGCUUUAUUUUCCACAAGUUAUAUCUCAGAAGUUCUCAGUGUUUUGAUUUCCUCACUCAGAGAAAGUUAUCUUCACAGUCUGUGUGAAAUCUCUUCCACCCUGUUCUGGUUGGCAUCAACUGUAUUUAAUUGCCAAAAUAAUCAUGCGAUAGGCCUCACUUGUUUACCUCUAACCGUAGUUAAAGGGUGUUGAUAUUCCAUCACAUAGCUUCUCUAGAACUUCAAAAAAUGUUCUGUAUGUACACGUGCAUGUGCUCGUGCACACAGGAGGCACUGUUUGUUUUUGAAUUCAUUUGUUUUGUUUUGUUGAUUCAUAGUCUCAUACUGUAGCACCAGUAUUUUUGAUGUGUCAGUUAUUACUUAGGAUUUUCUUUUUUGAUCUGGCUUUAAUAAUUUCUGAUUGGAAGACUUUAAAAUGUUUGUCAUUUCCAUCCAUUCAUCCGUCCAUAUGUUAACUUCACCUGUGUGUGUGUGUGUGUGUGUGUGUGUGUGUGUGUGUAUGAGUUUUGUGAACUUCUUGAUGGUCUUACAUACAAGAAUACUUCUCAUACAAAAAAAAAAAAAAUUUGAUCAAGUUUGUUUUGUUAGUCAUCUUUGUACAGUGGGACUGAAGCCUCGCCAUCUAUUACAAGAUAAGAGCAAAUGUCUGUGUAGACUGAGUUUGUAAGUAGUAAACUUUUAGCAGUUAACUGUUGACCAGUCAUUGGAGUUCAUUAUAAGGCCAGUAUUACAUUUACAUUAACGCUGGUCAAACACUACAUCAUUGUGAUCAUUAUUUCACUUGUAAAUAAAACGUUACCCACAUAAA